AGAAGAAGAAGAAGAAAUCACUCCAAAUAUUUUCUUCGAUUGUAGGUGUCAUCAAUGAUAGGCUAAAAUACAGUAUGAACCGAUUUGAGUUUUGUCAGGCUCGUCUUGGCGAGAGUGAAUCAUUUGUGGCAAAGGAUCGCAACAUUAAGCUAUAUGAUGGCGAUGAGAAAACCAGUUUGGAGGACGGGGAAUUGGUUCUUACUACCCACCGACUGCUGUGGGGUCGUAACGGAGAGAUUGCCCGUGGCGGCAAUGCGCUAUCGCUUCGUCUCAAGUAUAUUCAAACCUUAGGCGAAGAGGAAGCUAGCUCGAUGUUGUUCGGACGAAAAAAGAGGAUCAUUGUUCGGUUAGCAGGGCUGCUGCCGGAUAAAGCUCCCGGUCCGAUGGACCAUAGUUGUGCAUCAUUCGUCAAAAUUUCCGGGAAAAAUGGAGUUGAUCCGGGGUUCGUUCAUGCCUUGCACGAAACGGUAGCCGCAAAAAUUUGGUUAGUUAGCGAAGGGGGCAGUAAUGAAAGAAUACAGGAAGCGGAGCCAUCGAAGCGGGUUCUGCGAACCGGCAUUGUGGGAAUUGAACGAAAAUUAGUCGAGAAGCAGAAGCAGACGGAUGAUAACAUUAGUAUGGCGUUUAAAGAUUUGGGGAAGCUGAUGGAGAUGGCAAAGGAAAUGGUAGCAAUUUCGAAGGUUGUGAGUACCAAAAUUAGGGAGCGACAAGGGGACAUAUCCGAGGAUGAAACGGUUCGAUUCAAGUCAUAUCUAAUGAGUUUAGGUAUAGAUGACCCAGUAACGAGAGACGGGACACGAAGCAACUCGGAGUAUUUUAUGAAACUGUCGCAGCAACUGUGUGAAAUGUUACUGGAUCCAAUAUCGGAAGCGGGUGGUAUGAUGUCCCUGGCGGAUGUUUAUUGUAGAGUUAAUCGUGCUCGUGGAUUAGAAUUGCUUUCACCAGAGGAUUUACUGGAAGCCUGCAAGCUGCUGAUAGGACCAAUCAAGCUGAGAGAAUUUCCGAGCGGUGCUAUGGUACUUCAGUUGGAAAAUCAUGACGACGAGCUUGUUUCGCGAGAGACGACUGAACUGGCGAAAAAGAAUACCUCAAUAAGUGCGGAUGAGUUGGCACGAGUUGUGGGAAUUUCUCUAUUACUAGCAAACGAACGAUUACUGGCCGCCGAGAGACUUGGUCAACUUUGCCGCGAUGAGUCGAUAGAAGGUUUACGAUUUUACCCUAAUUUGUUUCUUAAAUAAAGCCAUUUUGGUGGCAACGGAUUUCUAUUAGGUGCUGUUUUAGUCAGACGCGAAAUUUCAUUUUCAAAUGCCAAUU